AUGCAUCGUAACGAUCCUAUGUGGGAGUAUGGGUUCUAUGAACCAGAGGAAGACAAAAUACCAAAAAACAAGUUAAUGUUCCGGGAGGCGCUUGAGGUGUUGCGAGCGCGGCAAGAAAUCGAAGAUGAAAGUGACGCUCCAAAUUCGGCGAAAUUAAGGGAGGAAGCACGUAAAGUAUACGAAGAACAUAAAGCCGUGGCACGAGUUGAUCAGGAAAAACUAGAUGACAUUUGGGACUUCUUCCGGCCGUUCGUGAGGAAGGAUACCCAAAAGGUGGUAGCAAAGCGCGAUCUGAAACAAUUACAAGAUUAUGUGCAAGGAAAGUCUGACGAGAUGACUUUACUGGGUGGCACGACGGAUGGUGUUCGCAAAAUCUUCCAGCGAAACAAGGAAGCUCUCGAGCAGUAUGACAAGAUGGAACUUAAUGAAAAGAAGCAACUUGAAGAGGCUAUUUCUGAACAAAGGAAGAUGGAGAAAAGCCGACUGGCUUCUCGAUUAAAGGAUAUUGAAUUCAUGGACGAGCAGAGCAAGAAGUUUUUAGAAGAAGCUAAGAAAAAGGCAGCAGAAGCUAAAGGGGCAGCAGAAGCUAAAGAGAACAAAUGA